AUGUUUAAGCUCAUCGUUGUCGGCAUCGUUGCCGUUGUUGCUCAAGCAAUCCACCCAAUCAGAGAUGAAAUUGUCCAUGACAUUAGAGCCAAGGCUACCACCUGGACUGCUCACGACGUCUAGACUAACCCAAUCAGCAACUGGACUGAGGAAGAUAUCAGGGCUAGACUUGGAACAGUCAUUCAACCACCAAUUGAAGGUAUCCCAUCACCAGCUGUCUACAAUGAUGUUAUCCCCACUUCUUUUGACUCAAGAACCAAAUGGUCUAACUGCGUUCACGCUAUUAGAGAUCAAGCUAAGUGCGGUUCUUGCUGGGCUUUCGGUGCCACUGAGUCUCUUUCAGACAGACUCUGUAUUGCUUCAGAUGGAAAAGUCGACGUUGUUCUCUCUCCUUAAGAUCUUGUUUCCUGCGAUUGGUGGGAUAGAGGUUGCAGUGGAGGUAUUCUUUCAUGGGCAUGGUCACACCUAGAGAGUGAAGGUGCUGCCGCUGAUACUUGCAUUCCUUACGAAUCAUAGACUGGAAAAGCCCCAAGCUGCCCAUCAAAGUGCAAAGAUGGAUCAGAUAUCAAGAGAUACUAAUGCUCAGAUAAAGUCCAAGCCACUAAAAUCGAUGAAAUCAAAUCAGAUAUCUUGAAUAAUGGUCCCAUGGAAACAGGAUUCACUGUCUACGAAGACUUCAUGAGCUACUCAGGUGGAGUUUACAAGCACACUUCAGGAGCCCAACUCGGUGGACACGCCGUUAAAAUUGUUGGAUGGGGUGAUGGAUACUGGAUCUGCGCCAACUCAUGGGGUCCAUCAUGGGGAGAGAAAGGUUUCUUCAACAUCGCCUUCGGAGAAUGCGGAAUUGAUAGCGCUGUCUAUGGUUGCACUCCAAAACUCUGA